UGUAUCCCUGUAGUCUCAAACUUAGCUCGAAUAAACGCGCAAAAGGCGGUUCUACUCUCUCGGUCCGCCUAUGACAAACGCAGCGCUCAGAACGGCUCUCCCCGCUUUACCGACUCGCCAAUUAGUGAGCGAGCCCUCGGCCAAGGGGAGAUACCGCGCAUGCGCUCUGACCUGUGACGGCGACCAACGAGAGAGCGCAGAGAAGCGGGGUUCCUGCUGCGCACGCGCGCCGACCGCUAACACGUGUUCCACGACUGGGGCUCCCUCCCGAACACGCAGACUCGAAUUCAGCGCCAUGGCGGCCGACGGAGGGUCUUUUUCGCAGUCGCUCCCGUGCGCGUUUUCGCCGAAAUCGCGGCAGUACUUGGCCGUGUGCGCGCCGGAUGGCCGGCUGCGCGUGUGGGACACGGAGAGCAAGACGCUGCAGCAGGAGUACGUGCCCUCGGCACACUUGAGCGCGACGUGUACGUGUAUCAGCUGGGGACCAUGCCGGACGGCCGAGGGGGGCCCACAGAGGAAGAAGAGGAAAUCGGAGGCUCCGCAGGCCGCGGAGAAGGCGGACCUGCUGGCGAUGGGCACGGCCGCCGGCAGCAUCAUCAUCUACAGCGCCAUGAAGGGGGAGCUGCACUGCACCCUGGACGGGGGUCACAGCGGACAGGUGAACGCUGUCAGAUGGCAUCCGGAGGAAGCGCUGCUGUACAGUGGGUCCGAGGACACGUACAUCGCCGAGUGGGACCUGAAGACUGGAAAGACCUGCUAUAAGUGGAAGGCGGACCACAGCCCUGUGACCAGCCUGUGCGUGAGUCCCGACGGACGCUUCCUGCUCUCUGCUGGACAGACCAUCAAGAUGUGGGACUUGGACACCAGGGAGGUGUAUCGGAAGUUCACAGGUCACGCCACGGCGGUGACGACUCUGCACUUCGCCAGCGCGCGGCCCCCCGACAGCGACGGCCUGUACUUCCUGUCCGGCGCAGCUCACGACAGGCUCCUCAGCGUCUGGCAGGUGCGGUCUGGGGGGAAGGAUAAGAACGCAGUACUGUCCUUCACUCUGACGGACGAACCGAGACACCUGGACAUCAUUCCGUCCGACGGCAAGGACCAGGCAGUGCGGCUGGCUGUUGUAUGUGAGGACGGACAGCUGCACCUUUUUGAGCACUUUCUCAACGGGCCUUGCAAGAAGCCUCUGUCCCCCACCUGCUCGCUGCAGGUGUCGAGCACGGGUGGCCAGUCGGGAAAGGGGGAUACGCCGAUCCCCGUUCCCUUGCUGGCAGCUGCUUUAGGCUCAGACCCCCAGGGUCUUCUCCUGUCCUACGGCAACCACCUGCAGCCUGUGAUAGAGAGAGUGACUGUGAACGCGGCGGAGAGACACAUCUGCCUGGUUCGGGAUGUCAGGACCGCUCUGUCCCUCUCCAUAGACACGGGCAUUUCCAAGGUGAAGACCCCCGUAGCGAGCCCCGGCGCCAAAGUGCUCACCCCUGGACUCCCAGGUCAUAGUGCCCUCGUGAAAACAGCUCCCGCGAAGCCAGAGAAGAGGAAACAGGACUCCGGUACCAAAGAGAGAUCGAUUGAGGAGCGGCUGGGGGAGAUGGAGCUGUCUUCGGGUGGGGGCGAGAAGGGGGACGCCAAAGGGACUCCCUCGCUGCAGACGGACAGUUACGCCGUGCUCCUGGUUCAGGGCCUGGAAAGCAAGGACAACAGCAUUCUCAAUAAAGUCCUCCAGACCAAGCGAGAGGUGUUGAUAAAGAAGACGGUUGCCCGGUUACCCAUCCCCGCUGUCCUGCCGCUGGUUGAAGAGCUCACCAAGAGGAUGCAAGGACACCCGUACACAGCGGUGCUUAUGGUGCGAUGGCUCAAGGCUGUUCUUGUGGAGCACACGUCCUACCUGUCAACAGUACCAGACUUGGUGUCUCAGCUGGGAGUCUUGUACCACAUGAUUGAGAGCCGAGUCAAAGUGUUCCACAAGCUCGCCAGGCUUCACGGCAAGUUGUACCUGCUGAUGACACAGGUGGCAGCAGGAGAAACUUCUGGGACAGUCACAGCAUUAGACCAAACAGCUAAGCUGGUGUACGAGGAGGAGUCCUCUGAGGAAGAGGAGGCUUCAGGAGAUGAGGGGCUUCCUGAGGAAGACUCAGAUAACUGGGAGGAAGAAGGCAUGGAGGAGACAGCUGAUCGAGAUGAUGAGGAAGAGGAGGAUGAAGAAGAGAAGAUGAACGUGGAGUCAAAAGUGAACGGAGACUCAGACUUGGAUCCAGAAAACGAGAGCGAGGAAGAAUGAGGAAAAGGAACAAGCGAAGAGGACUGGAAAGAAAAGGAUGGUUGCAUUUAUUUUGAUUUUGUUUUAAUGUUUUAUACAAAGUGCGGGAAGGCUGCGCCACAGUCGCGCAAUGCUUCCCAGCAGGUCGGCGCAAGGGCACCUGGCCCGUGACCUUCGACCUCCCCACCCCCCCUCUGAAAGGUGUGCCGGAGAACAAUUUCCCUGACACCUCCUCUCCUCGCAGGCUCUGCUGCGGUGGUACGGUGUACCGCUGCUCUCCAGAUUUUAUGUGAAAUGGCUUUUUUUGAUGGGGGGGAGGGGUUUGAUUUAUAACCACAAUGUAAAGAAAUCUGUAUGUACAGUGAAGUGUCUGUAUAGGCCCUCGCGCCCUGGAUGCUGCAGGAUUAAAGCUGUUCUGUAACCUGUCUCCAUGCG